AUGGCGGAAGCAUCCGAAGCGAAAAAGCCGCUAGUGGACCCGAAGGACGACGGGGAUGUGAAGGAGGAGUCAGAGGCGGCAGAGCCGGCCAAGGCAAAGGCGACGCCGGCAGAGCCAGCGGAGCCCGAGGAGCCGGCGGAGCUUCCGAAAAAAACCGUUUGGGACACCUUCAGGGGUGGUAUCACCUCCACCCCUGUCCUGAUCUUGGUUUUGGCCAUUGGAGCAAACGUCUACAGCCGCCGUGACGAAUUGGAGAAAGAUGGUCAAAUUUGGUGGCUCGUCCCGAUCAUGCUGGUGCUUUCCAUGGUCUUGGGUUCCGUGUUGGUCACAAAGAUAGAGAACUCCGAGUGGAGACGGAACUUGAGAAAGGAGGUCGCGGCUGAGGAGCGCAAGUUCAUGGAGAAGAAAGGCUUGACCAAGCAGGAAUUGGAUGAGGCGGCCAUCACCAUGGGCGGUUGGCUUGCGUCGACCGACUAUUUGCCACAGCAGCAACUCCAAACGGAGUGGGUCCUUAGUUAUGUUUUAUGGAUCAUCCGCGACCCCUUUAGCCUUCCUGGAGCAUUGGGCCCACCGCUAUGGCUGAGAGAGCUGCCGAGCAGGCCAGAGCCGGCGCGCAGAUCAGAGGGCACAUUGUCGACCCCGUGGCGCGGCAAAGGUUUGAGGUGUUUGCCCACGGUGUCUACGCCCGAAUCGCUCCCAGACCUUGAUAGUCCUGGUCUGCUCUCGCCGAAGUUCGCACAAGGGGACCUUGUGAGAAUCCGUACCAUCAGCGAGGAAGAGGCCUCGCGAGUAUUCAAGGCGUCUGGCAUCCACUGGAACUCCAGCAAGGCAGCCCUCCUUGGCACGGUGGGCGAGCUCCGAAGCGUGGGUAGCGACUACUAUGCCGUCUAUACGCCAGAUCAGUCGGACUGGUGGCGGUGGCCUCUGGCUAUGCUGGAGAGGGCCGAUGGGACAUCGGUCAGACGUCCUGGUAGCCGGGAGGGGCCCUUCUGCGAGGGUCAGCUCGUGAAAAUCCUUGAGAUGAGCGAAGAGGAGGCGGAGGGCAUCUGCCUCGCCUGGACCGCAGCCAUGUCGCCAAUAGCCGACUGGGGCUGGCCAGAGCACGAGGCCGUUUUCUCUCCCAGGGAGAUGAUCACCAUCGAGGAGGACACAACGAGGUCGGCGCAAGGCUGGAGUGCUCCGAUGGCCGCUGCUUUGGGUCAGCAAGGGCGGGUGGAAGCAGUUUUCCGCCAGCGCUGCAGGGUUGCCACAAGCGGCGGUUGCUUCUGGUGGCCCUUUUCUGCGCUGGAGGCUCUCCGAUGUCCUGAUGGCCACACGCUGGAAGAGGUAUAUGCUUCGGAUGGCGCCUGCUGCGCCACUUGCAGCCGGGACCUCACCGAGGAGAGAUGCGGCCGCUGCGACGCCUGCAGACUGGACCUUUGUAGCUCCUGCGCAGAUCAGGCGCAGCUUGCACGCGCCCGCGGCUUCGUGGAGGGGGCUGUGGUGCGAAUGACAAUGGACGAUACGGCUCCCCGGCUAGUCUAG